GGAACGAGUCUCGGGCUUUUGUGUAGCGACAGUUGUAAUGCUGAUUGUAGAGUGUUUUGUUGUGUUGUUAUGUAUGUCGUGCGCGAGAACGAGUGCAGCAGGCAGUAGCAGCGAGCAAGAGUAGGCAGCCGUCGUUUCAUUCGGUUUCGUCGGGGUUUUGUGUAGUGGCAAUUAUCAACCAGGUGACAUUACAAGCUAUUGGCAGUAAAGUUACGGCUACCGUAUCUCGGAUCGGUGUUUCGGCGCAUCCAUACAGGACCGUAUCGCGAGCUAAUGCUGUCAGACUGCGUUCGACGUGCGUGAUUUUUGAUUGUGAUUUCGAUCAACGUGUUCAUGUUGUGCGCGCCGCUUUUGCGUGAUUUUGUCCGUAACAUUUGUCGAGUGAUCACGGUGGCGAAGUGUGAUACUGACAAUGCAUCAGUUCAAUUGCAGUUCCAUUUCACUAUGAACAAAUGAUGGAUUAUUAAUUGUGCAACUUGAAAGAAAACGAGCUGUGAAUGAUUGGUAGAAAUCAUGAGUGACAAGUUACACGACAUUGGGCAAACGUGUCUGAGCCUCAACCGAUUGAGCUCAGCUAAGUGACGCAGAAAGUGCUGUUCCUGCAGUUGAAAGUGAAUAACUCAGAAGCAAUAAAGGCAACUAAAGUUGCGAAAUUGUGAAAACUAACAAACCACCAGAAGAGUUGUAUCAUAUUUUGUCAAGUGCUGUGAACCCAAAAAAAAAAAAUAGGAGUCUAAAUCCGUUACCAUCGGAAAGAAGAAGAAGUACUGCAGAGUGAAUGAUCGAGACAGUGACGAAUAGUGAACGGCGGUCCAGCAUUCCAGGCGGAGAGAAAACCAUGUCACAUUUUCCUUUCCGAGGAUCGCCCACCACCCAGAGUACUACACCUUCAGCACCUUCAGCGCCAUCUUCACCACCCGCGGCUCCAGUCGCCAUGGCAGUAACAACGACAGUGCCUCCAGGAGCCCGCAGCACAUCUCCGUGUUCCGCUACUUCCGGCCCUCCUACGUCUGGUAGUGGGCGAUGCUGUGAUACCGGUCGACCAAUCUUCACCGAUCCGAUCUCGGGUCAAACGGUGUGUUCCUGUCAGUACGAUCUGAUAAACUACCAACGGUUAGCUAGCGCGGGAAUCGCUGGCCCCGGCGGGGUACCUCUAUCGAUGUACAGUGCACCAUACAGUCCUGAAACGAUGGCCGCGUACUUUCCAGCGAUAGGGGCCGAUCAGGCGCCUUUCUACGCAAAUCCAGCUGCUGCCGGAAUCGACCUGAAGGAAAAUCUAGCAGCAGGUGGUGCACCAUGGCCUUACCCAUCCGUUUAUCACCCGUACGACGCUGCCUUCGGUUACCCCUUCAACUCCUACGGUAUGGAUCUGAAUGGAGCACGACGGAAAAACGCCACCCGAGAGACCACGAGUACGCUGAAAGCGUGGCUAAACGAGCACAAAAAGAAUCCGUAUCCUACCAAAGGCGAAAAGAUUAUGCUAGCGAUAAUCACGAAAAUGACCCUCACGCAAGUGUCCACGUGGUUCGCGAACGCGAGGCGGCGGCUAAAAAAAGAAAAUAAGAUGACUUGGGAGCCUCGCAAUCGGGUGGAAGACGACGAUGUCAACCUGGAUGAUGACGACGACGAUAACAAGAGCUUGAAGGACGAUAAAGAAAUAUUAGAUUCCAAAGACUCCGGAACUGGAUCGAGUGAAGACGGUGACCGGCCUUCACGGCUCGAUAUGCUGGAUCGACCGGGUAACAGUGAGUGGAAUGGAUCACGCAACGGUAGUGGCCCGAAUUCUCCAGAUAUCUAUGACCGACCGAUACAUGGUCACCCUCUCCUUCACCCCUCCAAUUUCCCACCUCACCUGCGAUCUACGAUAGGAACCCCUCCAGAAGUGAACCACACCCCAAGCGGAAGUACAAACCCCAGCAAACCAAGAAUAUGGUCAUUAGCUGAUAUGGCCAGUAAGGAGAACAAAGAUUCUGAUUCAUCAUCACCGACGUCCGGAGGAUAUCCCUCACCUGGGAAAAUCAUAGCACCGUUGGCAGGCCGUGGCAUUAACCCACUGCACCAUCAUCCCUAUAUGAGGCCAGAGUUUUAUCGCAAUCUUUACGGGCCACACCUUACGCCAGGUUCUCCGGAAGUAUCGCUUCUUGAAUCCUACCAGCGAACAUUUGGAGCUACGUUAGCCCAUAAUGGCAUUCCCGUCGGCAUGAACCCACUGAUAUCGAAGGCUUCCGGCAGUGGACCGUUUGCACCACUAAGUUUAACCACUUCUAGCAAUCCAACUACGGCACCUCAACCCGGUGCAUCUCCUGCUUCCAGCACUUCUUCUGGCCCAGAAAACCUCACUCCCUCUUCUCCUGCAAACGAGAAGCUAAUAUCUGUGACGAAUGCUUCUAAACCAUGACAGCUAGAAAUCAAGUAAGCCAUCUCACUAUAAUUCAUGCAAAAUUAGAAAAUUUGCUGCAGAUUUAGAAAUUGGCUAUUCAAAACGAAAACAAUCAGACAAUAAUGAUAAAUGUGAUUAUAAGUUUUCCCAUUCUCAACUGUCAUAGCUUCGGGAGAUUUUCCAACAUUUUCAAACAAGAAAUUUCUUCAUCUUUUGCUCACGUAAAUGACCAAACAAAACCAAGGUAAUCUCUUUGCCCCUGUUCCAAUACAUCAAUAUCACCAGUAGCGCAGGGCUAGUCCCCAAAUGUCCGCACUCCUUGAAAUACGUUUGACUGAACUGGCAUCUAAACACCUUUCAAGAAAGGCGACCACUUGUGUGACGGCCCAGGACAAAAUGAGAAAUAAUCAUUCGCUUAAUUUGCGUCAGUUCAACAUUCGAAAUCCAUCGCAUGCGACUGCAGAGCAGAGAAAAAGCCGUCGGCAAAUCAACCGACCCACACGGUGAACUGUUGUGAAUGGAAAGACGAUUGAAGCGCGAAAAUAUAAUGGCCAGGAUCAUUUAUCUCGUCUUCUUCCCUUUAAUUCUCGACUUUGCUCAUGCCGAAAAAAAAAGAAACACUGAAGUGCAACGAAUUAGUCAUAAAAGUACAGAAAGAAUAAAAAGUGUCGUUUAAGGAAAACAAGAGACGCAAGAGAUUCAGAUGAACCAAAUUUGAGUUGAUUGUGUUGUUGGCAGUAUCGGGCACAGUGAGCUUUAUGAUUUUUGUCAAAUAAUAGAAACAAAAACGAAACUGUUUUUUGUAUAUUGUAUUAUAACAUUUGUAUAAAUAUAAGUAAUAAAUGGAUACAUUUAAGUGAAAGUGUUGUAAAUAACAAAACAAUAGAUAACGGAAAUAGUGUAUGUGAUAUUAAAAUGUAUUAAAUAAAACUCGAUAAGAAAGCAAGCCGUUUCGUGACGAAAGAGCGUUUUUCACUUUCUUUAAUCUUGAAUCGUUCUUUUUUGAACGUAUACUUGAGAAGUCGUUCCUUUUUUCCUUAGUCAAUCUUGUUUGUAAUUAUCACUUAGUUACUUAACAUCCCGCUAGCUAGUUGUUGUGUUUUAAUCUUCUGUUGAAUUGUAACUUGAGAACAUAUCAUGGGAACUCUGCUACAGCCAUUUCCACUAGUUCAAAAAUAGCGCUUUCCACCCAGUUGACCCAAAUAGGGACCGCUAUAACUAACUGCGCGUAAAAAGAGCAAAGGUUAAGAAAGAGCAAAAAGGGCGGACAAAGUGAUUUGUAUAAUUUGAUCAUCAUUCAAGAUGCAGACUACAGGAAAAGACUUGUAUGUAUAGCCGCAAACAACCAGAAUGUAAAGAGAAUGUCCUAACAAACAGGUUAACAACCUUUGUAAUGAGCUGUAUAAAAUCUACAUUAGUUAAUUAUUUAACCAUCCUAUUUAUUUUUAUCGAGAAAUUUACCUAAACAUUAUGUGGAGUGUUCAAAUGCAGAAAAAAUACAUCUGUGUAAAACGAGGACAUUUAAGUGAAUUUGACUAAUUGAAUACAAAGUGGAAAACGUAUAUAUGAAAAUUUAACUUUAUACAUAUAUUAUUGAAGUAAUGAAUUAAAGUAAUUGUAAACUGUAAAUUAUCAUACCGAAAAA